UUUUGAUUCAGUCUUUCAGAAAACGUUCGCUGAGCUUGAACACAAUCCCAAAAAAGAUAUAAAUAACAUACAUAAAUAUCGUUCGAUCAACAUUGAACGUCACCAAGGCCUCGCGAAUAUUUUUUGAAAUACUUUUCUGUUUUUUUUUGUCAAAAAUAUUUCUCAAAAAUUCACUAAAAAAAGUCAUUUGAGUGAAAUAAAAUAAACAUUUGUGCAAUAAAAAAAAGUCGAUUGUUGUAAGAUCAUUGUGAACUUAAAAUAAUUUAUCGUUUAAAAUCGAAUUGAUUGAUUUCGAUUGCGUGAUAAAAAUUGAAGGAGACAAAUAGAUUUAAAAAAAAUCGAGACGACUUCAAUUAAAAUUUCAAUUGAUUAAAGAAGCUUGAAUCAAAAAUUUAAUUGAAUUUGAAAUCGUCGAGAAGUGUGCAGAGAGAGGAGUUCAUCAUGCAGUACAGACGCUUAACUUUGUUUAACAAGCUUUCACUGUUGGCUACACUUUUAAUUACAGUUUAUGCCACAAAAGCACAAGCGGAAGAAUGCGGUCAUGAAGAGCUUAACAAAUGCUCGAAAUCUUUACAAGCCUUAAAGUCGGCCACUGAUUUGAGUUUCGCACCAAAACGUGAAGAGUUGGCUGAAUUAUGUCCUGAUCUUGAAGCUGGUUUACGAUGCAUUCGAAGCUACACUAGACGAUGUAUGACAUUACCGCAACGCCAGCAAUUUAUGAAAAUCUACAAGGGAACAGACGACGUGAUCCGAGAUUUGUGUCGAGAAGGCGACUAUCAAAAUGAAUUCCUAAAGCAUGCAGCAUGUUUACGAACGGUCAAGCCGCAACAUAAAAAAUGCGAAGAAAAGUAUCAAGAGACAAUGUUAUCACUGAAAACCCCCAGAGUCAAUCAAACGAUGCAAAAUGAACAGCAAACCGAACAAAACACAAACGAUGAUGUUAGAAAAUUCAUUCCGUGAAUAUCUUGACUGUUCGGAAGUUGUAACACGACGAACAUGCGGCGUCGAGACUGGAACAUUUAUUCGAGGCUUUCUGAAAAAGAUGUCAGCUACGUUGGAGAAAGAUUACUGCGAGGAGUAUUAUAAGCAGGGCGUUAAUCAAUGCCCCAACAUAUAUUCAUCAGCAACAUCAAUUGUUUCUUCACCAUCUGUGGUCAAAGCACUUCUCGUUUCAUUUCUCAUGGUGAUGUUGAACCUGAGAUAAAACCAUCGAGCUAGCAUCGAAUUCAAGUGAUGGGUAACUUGACUGACCGACCAUUUGUCAUGCAUAGCGAAAACAACCUGAAUGUUAAAUCCGUUCCAUUAGUUGAAAGUAUUUUUCAUCAUAUUUAUUGAGAAUCCUGGCUGAUAUGAAAUAUCUUGGUUAGAUUGAGACUGACUGCUUCAUUAUAGAGAACAAUGUUGGAAAGUCAAUUUGAAAUGAAAGAGCAAUUUAUGAGAUUGACCUCAAAGAGCUUUCAUUCAUAUCGUUUAAGAUUAAUUGGUAUUUCGAAUAUAUUCCUGGAAUUUAAGUUAUUUGUUUAGUAUUGUUAAGUUUUCCACACCAAAAAGAUAAAAAGGUAAAAUAAGAGAAAAUGAAAAUGUAAAUUAAGAUCAAUUGGGUCGAAGGAACUAACUAUAAGUAGUUAGACGCUAAGCAUAUUUAUAAUGAUUGUAAGAUUGAUGAGUAGCAUUAAGCAAGCCAUUAGAAGUAAUUGUAGAUAGUUGAGCACUUUUAAUGUUUCUUUCUCCUUUUUAUUUUGUAUACUAAAGUCUGUGAUAUGAUCAUAACAUUAAAUGAUAUAAACCAUCGGAAAGAAAAUAAAAAGAAAUCAAAUGUUUAAAUGGAAAAAAAAGAAGUUAAAA